AUGAUCUCACCAUACAGUCAAUGUGCUGCAAAUGCCAGGCAUCGGGUUUCCAUCUCGGAGGCUCCUGUCACCGAAAAGUACAAGGCGCAUAUACCACCAGAUGGGUGUCUGCUAGAGAACUCGGGCGUGGUUCGUGCCACGUACGCCCCUACCUCUGAUGCACCACAUGGCACGAUAAAGGACGGUUGGGCAGAGAAACACCAGCAUCAGACGGUCCUGGAGCAACACUGUUCCUUCUUCGAUCCUGAUGGCGAUGGAAUCAUAUGGCCUGCUGACACCUACCGUACCUGUCGUUCGUUCGCAUGGUCAAUUCCCACCUCUCUCUUCUUUACCGGCUUCCUCCACGCCGUGCAAUCGUACAACACAGUUCCCGGCUGGCUGCCUGAUCCCUUCUUUAGGCUGUGGGUGAAAAAUGCAUACAUGAACAAACACGGCAGUGGGACAGGGACUUUUGAUUCCGAGGGUCGUUAUAGGCCACAGCCAUUGGAAGACUUCUUUGCCAAAUUCGACAGAGACGGAAAGGGUGGACUGACCAAGGGGGAACUGUGGCACGGACUGAGGAGAUCGAGGCUGGCGUUCGACUUCUUUGGUCAAGUUUCUGCCAUGUUUGAAUGGGGAUUUGCAUGGGUCUUAAUCUGGCCUGAGGAUGGCAUCCUGAGAAAGGAAGAUGUAAGAAGACUGUUGGAUGGAAGUCUGUAUCAUGAAAAGGUGGCGGCGUCGGAGCGCCACGAAAGAAGUCAGAAAACCUGUCUUAAAUCGCCAUCAGCCGGACCUCUGCAGAACAUGUCGUUGAAGAUAGAGUGA